AUGUUACCAGAAUUAUUGUAUUUCCCGCCAAUUAAAGAGAUCGUUAUAUCAACAAUUUUUUCAAAUGUAAGCAUCACCUAUCAAACUGAAAGACAUCGGGGUAAUGAUGGAGCAGAGGCUGGUUACUGGGAAUGUGACUGCCACGAGUUCUGUUUCACACUCGUUGAUUUGUUAGAAGGUAUUAAAAAAUGGAAUAUAUAUCCAAGAUCCAUCCAUAUACACAAUAUGGAUGGAUUUCAAAACGAACCGGAUACCUUCGUUGAACUUUUAAAGAAAGCUCUGAGUAUUCAUGGUACAUUUUAUCAAAAUAUGGGUCUGGAUCAAGAAACCCAGUUAGAUUUGAUUGUCAAUUCUAAUAUUAAGUUUGAUCAUUUGAAUUUGUCACGUUUCCUGAGUCCACUCACAUUACCACCUAUCGCCACAAGUAUUAGGCUAAAUAAGACUAUAUUGAACAAUUAUGCAAUUCCUGGUGUCAAGAAGCUUUCUUCUUCUGUGAAAUCUGAUGAUGAAAGAAACCAAAUGUAUGCUUUUUCUUCCGAUUUGGAAGAUUUGCAUGUUUUUAGUGAAGAAUCGAUUCAAAUGACCCUACCUCCAAAUUUACGGAAACUAAAUAUUGAGGUAACUCUGGGCUCGGUAGGUUUCAUAUCUGAAGAAAUGGUCAAUUUAGAGUAUUUGCUGCUUAAAUUGCCAAAUAUUCAAUCUUUUGACAAGACAGGAAUAAAUGCUCCAAAUUUGAAAAAGCUAGUUCUAGAAUGUGAAAGCUUGUCUAAUUUUGAUGGUUUAAAACAGUUCCCAUAUUUAAAACAUUUGGAAUUUAGUGAGGUUAGUUUUUCCAUGAGUUUAUUUGACGAUGGUUCUUUUUCUGAGUUAGACACUUUUAUAUGUUGGGGUUGUGAUAUUCAAAAUACAGUAGAUUUUGACAGCUCAUUACUAACAUUUCCUUCAAAUUUGAAAACAUUGGAGCUUAGUGGUUGCAGUUUUGAGAAUACUGAUUUUAGCAAUUGGGUACCUCCUGGUACAUUGGAGACCUUGCGUGUUUAUGAUCUGCCCCUUAAAUAUGGUUUUUUAGGUGCCAAUUUACGGUAUUUUGAAACUUGUGGGUCAAGACUUACAUUUGACAGUAACUUUAGAAUUUUUCCCAUGGUGGAAAAGUUUAUAUUGAAUUCCCAGUAUGUAACUUUUGAAAGUCCGGAUUUCAUGUAUCAUUUACCAAAUAACCUUGUACAGUUGCACUUGGCUUCCUGGGAACAGGGAAAGAUGGGAGUUUUCACCCAAAUGGUUAAAUGGCCAUUGAUGUUGACUAAUAUCAUAUUUCAUAAUUUCAAUAUUAAUAAUCAGACAUUGGAGUUUUUGAAUUUUAAGGAAUCCAGACUUGAGGAAAUUAAUAUUCGUGGAGGUAACGUCAACAAGUUAGAUGCCGAUUUAUUUCCCACUAGUGUUAAAUACCUAACUUUAAGAGAAAUGAAAAUCCAGGAAUUGUCAGAUUCAUUUGAAAAUUUGGAAAAUUUACGCAGGUUGUCUCUAGCAAGAAAUCAAUUGAAGAUGGUAAACCCUGUGAAAUUGCCGGUGUCAACAUUGCAGACUUUAGAUCUAAAACAAUGUAACGUUCGUUUCAUAUCGCCAUUUUUGGUGUCAAUGCUCGAGGAAAAGAAUAAAAAUCCUAAACUACAUGUAUACGCCACGGAAAAUUCAAAUAUUAGUGUAAUUGACAUAAGAACAGCAUUGAAAUUGGUUAAGGGGCUAGUGCUAUUUCUCAAUGAUUUUGAUAAAUCUUUGACGGAAAUAUCCAGACGUUCUUCCCGUUUGAUCUGUAUAGGAGAGAGUCGUGAUCCUCAUUUUGAGAAUUAUGAAUUUUCUGCAACAGAAGAGGUGGUCCCUGACUAUGAUCCAGAUGAUCUUUACGAUGGAAGUGAUGCUAGCCUGGAUGAAGAAGAUACCGGUGAUGAUACUAAAAGAAGGAGAGAAAUGUAG